AUGGACCAGCCCGCCGCGAAGAAGAGAAGGCUGGCGCCCAAGGUCGAGCCGCAGGCCAGUCCGACGCAUCUCCCGCCGCCAAUUGCCCAUGAACCCCUGCAACCCGUCCAGCAUUAUCAAGCCCAGGAGGCCCCACCGCCUCCAGAGAGACACGAAUUCGAGUCCUUUGCGAGACACCUGCAAGAUGCCGCCAUGCUCAUCUACCGACAGUCCCAGAGAUCCCCCUAUAACAAUGUCUCGGUGCUACUCCUGCGGUGGGAGGAAGACAAUGCCGUAGAGCCAGACCUCGCCGCCCUCGAGCUGGUCCUCCGCGAACGAUAUAAUUACCGCACCGAUCGCUGGAAUAUACCGCCGGUGGCCAAUCCCAGCAUCAAGCUCGGCGUCCGACUGGCGACCUUCCUCGAGCCGGCAGGCCCCGACCACUUGCUGAUUGUAUACUAUGCGGGAUACGGCUAUGUCGGUGUGGAUAAUCAGCUCUUCUGGGCAUGCAAUGCAAGGGAAGAUGCCCCGAGGCUGAAAUGGAGCGGCUUCCGCUGCUUGUUCGAAGAGUCACCGUCCGACAUGCUCUUGCUCCUCGACACCUGUGCUGCUAGGGAACAGCCGGGACUUGGUGGCAGCAGCGUCAAGCAAGUCAUUGCGACGAGCACCCCCGAACAAUACUCUCGAGACCCGGGGGCGCGAUCUUUCACCGCCAACAUAACAGAGGCGUUUGUAAAACUAAGCACUGGGAGACCCUUCUCAGCCGAACAUCUGUACCAAGAAGCUGCGCUGCUACGCCAAUAUGAGCUUCUGCAGAACUCCGGGCUCACCAAUGGGGCGAGCAAGGGAAUAUCGAUUACUGACAAGCUGCCGGUACUCUAUACGAUGAGCUCUGGUGGUAAAAGUCAAGGCCUUGGUCUUUCGCCCAUGUCUCCGAAUACAGCCCCUCAAUUGCUGCCUCCCCAUCCAGUAGGCAAUGGGGAUCCAAGGACAUCGGGAGAAGACCAUUCUAUCCAUCCCAGCGCAGUCGCCGACUUGACUUUUGACGAGCCGAGAGUGCUUGUCUGCACGACUUUCGUUGGUGAGGCCAGUCCUGACAUGUCGUCUUUCAAUCAUUGGCUUCACAAUGCCCCUGCCACGGCUUCGAAAAUUGCAGUGGAGGGAAUGUUCCUCGGGCCACCCACCAUGCUUCUUAUAUCAAUGCCAGUCCCUGUCUGGAAUGUUGUACAGAACGACAAAGUCUGCUGCUUCUUGGGCUAUGUCAACUCACACAACAUGACCCACCUGUACAAGCGACUGGUAGGAUCUAUGUCUGUAGCCAAGGCCUCGGCAAAGGAUAUGGAAGACGGGCGGAUGCUUCUGGAGGCACGCGAAGUGGCGGCGAGCACACCGAUUAUCCACCGGCACGAUGUACUCCACCGGGAUCCGAACCAUGCUCAAUUACCUCCCGAAACACCACCGAUGCGCCCGGAUAGCAUGGGUAGACCAGACCCGGCGAGCUUGCCUCAAUCCACGGUCGCGGCUGGCCUGACAUACUCCAUCACUACCCCGGUCGCCGCCGUUACAAGGAAAGAGGACGUAGAAGAGUCAGCUGAGAUGCAGGAAGCGGCAGAACAGCUGAAAGCUUUGAGCCACGUCCGACAUUUGAGCGAUGAUGUUCCAUCUUCUGCGCAUGUUCAGCCGUCGGCAAGGAAUGACAGUGUAGUGGAUAUUAAACCCGAGGAGAGAUCAUCGCAUGAAGCAAAUGAAUCUGGCGCGGAUGAGGCACACUACAAUGGCGACGCGAUGACACCGUCAGGUGGACCUAAGCAACCGCGUCGAUCAUUACAGAAACAAGCUCCCAAGCAAGAGACUCGGUGUGGUCAUUGCAGUCACGCUCCUUUCAAGGACUCUUCGUCACUGAGGAAACACAUCGCUGCGGCUCACACACGCCCAUUUCCGUGUGCUUUCGCCUUCGCCGGGUGCACUAGCACAUUUGGAUCCAAGAAUGAGUGGAAAAGGCAUAUUGCUUCGCAGCACCUAUGUCUGACGUACUAUCGAUGCUCAUCAUGCCCGCAGACUACGGUCGAGGGCAAAGGAAACGAGUUCAACCGCAAGGAUCUCUUCACACAACAUCUACGGCGCAUGCACGCCCCUUUUGCGAUCAAGAAGGCUAUUGCUAAGGGGGAUAGCAAAUUGCAAGUGGAGUGGGAAUCUCACGUCAAGGAAUUGCAACAGUCAUGUCUUGUCACCCGGCGCAAACCCCCGCAACGCUCAGCAUGCCCUAAGCCGGACUGCGCGAGUGUUUUCGAAGGGCCUACCUCGUGGGACGAGUGGACGGAGCACGUGGGCAGACAUAUGGAAAAAGGUGAAGCGGCGCGACUAGGUGUCGACCGUCUCCUAGCCAAAUGGGCCUUGGAAGAGGCCAUCAUCGAGCGAAAAGAAGAUGGCGAAUAUCGACUGUGCAGCGGAGCCGGCAGUGGCCCCGAAAAGGAAGCGAAUAGCAAUGCAGAGUACCAUUCAGACGGGAAUAAACGAGAGCGCGACCCCGACGAGCGCACUAUCAUUGCGGCAAGUACGAUGGUCGAUCGAAUGGAGGUGGAUGGAUGA